AUGGACCAUACACCCGAAAGGCCGGUUCGGUCAGAGACCGUCACAUUUGCAGUUGCACCGAACGAGAACAGGAGUCCCCGUCGAAGUAGUCGUAUCAAGAAAAAUCCCUCCAUCACGCCAAACCGUUUUACCCGAUUUUUCACCCCAAGACUCCAGAAUGCAAAGCGGGCUGUUCGAACCUCGCGGAAAGCCUUGCGAGAGCUUUCUACCGUUAAUCUUAACAGUCGGUUAGGAAGUAACCGGUCCUUGGGAAUCCCUGUGGCCGAACACGAGCAACCUCCCUCCAAGAAGCGAAAGCUCUCGUUCACGUCAAUAUCAUCAAUCCCGUCCUCGCCAAUCAAGAUCAACUGUGGGUUUCCCAGCAGCCUGGGCGUAGAUGGGGCCGUGAUAGAUGCCACGGGGGACGAGGAUGAUGCUCUCUACCUGGGGACGGACGACGACGAUGAAGAGGAAUUGCCGCCAUUGCUGCGAUAUCCUCCGAGGGUAACUCGAUAUCAAUCCAUAAGCACCUCCACAGGGUUACUGUCACGACAACUAGGGAGAAGAAAAGACAUCCGUUUUGGUAACGAGAGCAGUCUCUGGCAGCAUGAGGCCGCAAAAUUCUACAGUCUACCGGGAGACCUCUUUACCAGUCCCUCGUUCGAUGUCCAACCUCGAGCACUGCCAUUCUGCGUUGCCAGUUUCAACCAUCAACAAUCUGUUGCCAUUGGAAAUGAAGAUGGUCUAGUCGAAAUAUACCGAGCCUGGGAACGGUCUCCCGAAAAUUCCGGAGACUUGCAGCUUCAGUCCUGCAUGUACCCUCACGACAAUGCUAUAAUGGACAUGGAAUUUUCGCAAGAUGAUCGACUUCUUGCAACAGCGUCGGGAGACCAGACCUGUCGAAUAAUCGAUGUGAACGCACAAACCUCUACUCACACACUGAUCGGCCAUAUGGGAUCCAUAAAACGCGUGCAAUGGCAGCCAGGCUCUGGGAGCCAAGUCCUUGCAACCUGCUCCCGAGACGGCAGUGUCUGUCUGUGGGAUCUUCGGUGUGCCCAACCUGCAGAAACACUAGAUAUCAUCCCUCUACAACGCGCGCCUGACUUUCUUACCAACAGCCAACGGGUCAACAGUAAAGUCGAGAUACGCGAUGCACACACUUCUUGGGACAAGCUCAAACUUGUGAGUGGCAAGCGCCAAGUUGCUGGACUGUCCUCCAGGGUUGACUUUGCGGUCACCACCUGUGCAUUCAUCAGCGACACUCGUCCACAUUUGCUUGCGACGGCUUCGGAGCACAACGCCAUUAUAAAGCUAUGGGACAUGCGCGCAUCAUAUAAACAACGGUCUGGCAGACCUACGCCAGUAUCCGCGACUCUUGAGCCUGAGAGCCAUGAGACACUUCGGCCGUUUGGUGUGACUUCCAUGACGAUGAACACUGACGGCUCCAGGCUGUAUACUCUCUGUCGGGACAAUACCAUCUAUGCUUAUUCAACUGCUCAUCUCGUACUUGGUGGAUGCCCGGAGAUGUCACUGACAUCGAGGCCCUCACAGCGAGCUGCUCGCACCUCAGGACAAGGACUAGGUCCUUUGUACGGCUUUCGCGAUCCCUCCCUGCGCUUGGGCUCUUUCUACGACAAACUCGCCCUCCGUCGUAAGACAAACGAGAAUACCGAGCUCUUGGCAGCCGGUUCAGGCGAGGACUGUGCGGUGAUUUUCCCCACUGACGAACGUUACCUGACCAAAUCUGCACGUCGUUGCCCCCCAGCUCCCGCUCACCACAACACCUUGUCGCGCUUUACACGACCUCGCCUGCCUCAACGAACCUCAUCCGUCAAUGUGCUUUCCAAUUCCUUAUUGGCGUCAGCUUCCUUGCACGACGUCAGCACCGAAGGCCAAUGCCCCAUAUACUACACGGGCACGCCGCUCAUCAACGGCCAUAGAAAGGAAGUCACUGCGGUCGCCUGGGUACAUCAGAAUGGGCAGUUGGUUACCGUGGCGGACGACUACUCGGCGAGAUGCUGGUACGAGGAUGAUCCGGAGAAGGCGAGGGCGUUGAGGAAGAACACGGAACGAGACGGAAAGAGGAGUCAGAGCGGAUGGGCGACUGUUCGCGAAGGGUAUGAUGAUGAUGACGACGACGACGAGUGA